AGUCAGGCGAGCGGGCCGGGGAGAUCGAGGCGGAGGGGUGAUGGCGAGGAGCGGCGCGGGGGAGGAGUGGCGCCGGAGCGCGGACACCAAGACGAGCGAGGCGGCUGUGGAGGCGUCGACGCGGCCGCCGGGCUGCGGAGCCGGGGAGGUGCCGCACCAGCGCGCCCGGCUGCCGUACGGGCCGGGCGCCGAUCGGAUCGUCGGCGCCAUCGGCUACCUCGUGCUGUGCCAGAAGGCCAGGCCCGGCACGCCCGCCGCCGAGGUGGCCAAGGUGGCCGUCGGGCACGGGGACCCCGCCGCCGGCCGUGACCCCGAGAAGCGCGCGCGCGGAGGGUACUAGAACAGGCGCAGCUCUGGGUGCUUGCUGCUCUGUUUUUCUCGGGUGUCAACUGGUUGUGAUCUUGUACAUCUGUCAGUCGACGUCCGUGAUGGGUUGAUACUACGUUAUGUGUGUGAUCAUCAGGUGCGCUGCUGAGUGUUUAGUUUGUUUGUUCGCCACGCCCGUGUCAGCGCGAUUUCGUUUCUUCGCGCCCUGCGCAUCGUCGGAGCAAUAGGAUGUCGAUCUCGUGCACCGUAACGGACGGAUAGUACAGUGGGAGGUGAAGCAAAGUAUGCAUCUAUGUGCGUAUAAAAUGUAAACUACGGGGUGCAGUUUUUUUUUCCCAUUUCUGUUUGGUACUAGUAUAAAGUAAUUUGCAUUUAACUAAAUUUUGUUGAA